AUGUCCGAAAAGUACACCGCCCCACCAAAGGACGGCCGGGAGGCCAACGAGCGCCUCCGCCGUGUCGCGCAGCAGGGUCGACCCAUCAUCGGCUCGGGCGCUGGCAUCGGCCUGACGGCAAAGUGCGUCGAGAAGGGCGGCGCGGAUCUCAUCAUCCUCUACAACUCUGGCCGCUACCGCAUGGCCGGGCGCGGCUCGCUCGCAGGCCUCAUGCCCUACGGCGACGCCAACGCCAUCGUCCUCGACAUGGCAAAGGAAGUCAUCCCCGUCGUCAACCACACCCCCGUCCUCGCAGGCGUGUGCGCAAGCGACCCGUUCAGGGACAUUCCCAAAUUCCUCCGCACCCUCAUCGACGCCGGAUUCGUGGGCGUCCAAAACUUUCCCACCGUCGGACUGAUCGACGGCAACUUUCGCAAAAACCUCGAAGAGACGGGCAUGGGCUACGACCGCGAAGUCGAGCUGAUGCGCGCCGCAAAGGAGCUCGGCCUGCUCACGACGCCCUACGUGUUCAACGAGAACGAGGCAGAGGCCAUGGCGCGCGUCGGCGUCGACGUCGUCGUGGCGCACAUGGGCCUCACCACGGGCGGAUCCAUCGGCGCCGAUACGGCCAUGUCGAUCGAUGACGCCGUCGAACUCACAGACAGAAUCGUGCAAAAAGUCCACGCCAUCGCGCCCGAUACCCUCGUACUCGUACACGGCGGCCCUGUCUCGUCGAGCGAAGAUGCACAGUACGUCCUGCAGCGCGUCAAGGGCCUCGCGGGCUUCUAUGGCGCGUCGAGCAUGGAGAGGCUGCCCGUCGAAGUGGCCAUGCAGGAGGGCAUGCGCAAGUUCAAGGCGCUCUCGCUGGCUGGAAAGUAG